AUGUAUUCAUCUUCAUCAUCAAUUUCCAAAGUCUACCCUUAUCUUCAUCAUCAAUAUCCAAAUUGUAAACCUUUGCCCAGCCAUCCCUCUUACCAUUCCAUUCCUCCUCUGUUCGUCGAAGAAUUCACUCUCACCGUUUUUGGCGUGAUCCUACAUUUGAUCGACAAAAAGUACAGCGUCGAGCCCGCUUGCAGAAAUUUAUCGAUUCUUUGUCUUUGUCAAGGUGAUAACAUUAUCGCUGUCCUUGCUUGCGUCAUCGAUGAGAUCCAGUGGCCGUUGUCCAAGGACUUGGCGGCUGUUAAACUCAGUGAAUCGCAUUACUUCUUCUUGUUUUGCACUCCGAAAGAGAGCAAUUUGGAUUUGAGUUUUUCGAUGCAGAAGGUUUCGGAGACGGAGAAGAAUGAGGGAUUGCUUGAUGGGACGAUGGUGAUGGCCGUUUCGCCAGAGGACUUGAAGUUGAAGAAGAAGAAGGAGCCAUGA